AUGUUCCCUGUGAAACUUCCCCUCUUCGUUCUGCUGUUCUUUCCCAAGUGUGCCUUUGAGCAAUGCAUAAAAGGGACGCCCAAAGAGUGCCAGGAGGCAGAGUUCGCUCCAGGUUCCAAUUUAGCCGGAGAAGGCUUCGACAUCACUAAAAUGGAGCGUAAGGGUUUUUUUGUGCUCGACAUGAAUCAGUGGAAGCACAGUGAUCAAGCUUGCACACUGUGUGACAACCCUGACUUUGAGAACAGAAAGCAGAAGUUGCCUCUUUCUGUGGAGGAUUGGAGGGCGAAGCAUUUCUGCAGCGCAAAAGUGUCCAGCAAAGUUUACAAAUCCAGCGAGUCUCUGGUCGAGUCCACGACCUCUUCUAUUGAAAACAACUGGAAGGUGGGUCUAAGUGUGAACAUGAUAGACAAAAGUGGGUCUUUCAUGUUGGUUGGAACCGAUUCCAAACUCGCUGUAAACUCCAUGGAAAAAACAAAAUCUGAUAAAUUCAGCUUUACAACCCAAAGUGUGUCUUGCGAGUACUACAGUUUCCUGUUCAUCUCUGAUUACAGUUACCGAGUAUCCAAAGCUCCAACUGUGAAAAAAGAAUUUCUCGACUCAGUGAACCAGCUUCCUAAAGUCUACAACCCACAAAGCAAGAACAACUAUUACCAUCUGAUUGACACCUUUGGCACUCAUUACAUCACUUGGCUUGGAUGGCAUUCUCACAAUGUUUCUUUUCAGGUGAAAAUGGGUGGUAAGGUUAAUGCCGUCACCAGCAUCCGUGAGUGUGAGGCCCACCUGGAUGGAAUUGAAGUGAACGAGAUGGAGACAUGCCUCACAGUGGAAGCGUCCGCAACUGUGAAAGCUACUACAAUUUCAGCCGAGAAUCAGCACUGCAAAGCAAAAAAGGACAAGACAAGGAGGAAAAUUACAUUCUCCAGCUACUUUAAUGACAGGUUUACGGAAGUAAAGGGUGGUCAGAAAACAGAACCAGACCUCAUCUUCUCCGCCAACUCAGAUCCAUCAGCCUACAAGGAAUGGCUGAAUUCUGUGCCACGUAAUCCUGACAUCAUUUCUUACUCCCUGGAUUCUCUUCAUGAGUUAAUCCCUAAGAGUGACCCAAUGAAGGAAAACCUGCGCUCUGCCAUCAGUCAUUACAUCCUGGAGAAAGGCCUGUUGAAGAGCUGCACUGAUCCCUGUAAGGCAGGAAUCAAGAGCAGUUCAAGAGAACCCUGCGUCUGCCAGUGUCACAAUGACCCUGCUGUGACCUCUGACUGCUGCCCAAAUCAGAGGGGCAAUGCCCGCGUUAAAAUUACAAUCUUGCGAGCUUUUAACCUUUAUGGAGAUUACAGGACUGCCACAGAUGCCUAUGUGAUAGUGAAACUUCUUGGUAAACUGGUCGGUCGUACUUCUGUCAUUUCCAACGAUGACAACCCAAAGUGGAACAUGGUUCUUGACAUGGGAGACCAGGUUCUGUCAGAAGUAUCUAAACUGAAGUUUGAAGUUUGGGAUGAGGACAACACGUGGGAUGAUGACCUGCUUGGAGAAUGUGAGCGAGUACUGACAGCUGGGAUUAACAAUGGCGAGUGUUUUUUUGAAUAUGGCAAGUUUCUCUUCAAAUGGAAAGUAGAUUGUGCUCCAAAUCUGAGUGGUCGUUACUGCCAGAAUUACCAAAGCAGUCCAAUGAAUGAAGACCUGAAGGAGCUGUACAGGUCCAGGCACUCCCAUCCUAUUCCCAAAUACUUCCUCCAACAGAUGGGUGUGUUUGUCAACGAAUCCACUUCAAGGAAAAGCCAGAAUCUCGUGAAAAUCUAUGACGUCAACAAAAAGUAUUCCAACUCUAGCAAAGAGAAUUUCCUUUAAACCGGAUCAGUAUUAUCUACUGACUGUUUAACAUCAGGAAACGUUCGUGGAAGGUUUGACGAUCAAGUAUUAUGCAUAUUUUCUGCAGCUUUUACACAUUUAUUUUUUGCAUUAGCAUUUAUGAUUUGAUUGAACAUGGAAGAGAUGUGAAUCACUUAAAUAUCUUUCAUUUUUUAAAUUUGUGCUCCUGUCUUUCUCUUUCUUUAACCUUCACUGCUUUUCAGCAAAUGAUUCCAGAGGGGUUCACACCUGGAAGUAUUUUGACAGUUCUGUCACUGAUCGUUUUUACUGCCAUCGGAUUUUACUGGUAAAAAACUGAAAUCAAUAAAGUGUGACUACCUUUUCUGGGAAAUGCAUGUCUGUUGUUUGUGAUUCUUCUCUGACUGGAAAGCUUUUACAAUAUCGAUGAUGUCAGUUUGCCUGUGCAGACCACUAACCCCUUAGCCUGUUUAAUCAGCAUAAACGAAACUGAAGCAAAACCACCUUUUUUUUCCUCUCAUCUUGUUGAGACCACUGUCACUUCACCCACUCACUGCCUCCUUAUAUCAGUCAAGCCUGAAGCA